CUCUUGUGAACACCCUAACAUAUUGCCAACACUGCUCUGCAGGGAAGUCGGCUUUGCGUGCUUAUCAACAAUUCCGACAUGCAGGCCGGAGAGCGUGAAUUAAACGACGGCCACCACGAUGUAAUAGUGCGCUACUUGAAGUUCUCUAAAUCGCAGCGAGCCCAGCGCCUCAAAGUUAUUGACAAAAGUUUCGACGACGUGAAGCAUGCGAGGCUCCUCGAGGAAACGUACACGUCCGAGGAAGUUCAACAAAUCCUCGACGAUCUUUGCACCGUAGUGCGAGCUGAGGUUGAGAGCGAGCUUAUCAACUCGGCUCAUGCAAACGUGGUUCUGCUCAGACAACUCUGCAAGCAAGCGGAACAGUGGCACCUCCAGCUUCAGGCAGAUAUGUCGGAACUUGAAGAUGGAUCGCUAAUUGAAAAUGUUGGUGGCAUGGAACUGGAAGGAUUGAGCACAGGAAAGCAAUUGCAGGCGUCUUCGUCAAGGUCACACAAGUUGAGCCCCCUUGAGGACUCGCACGGACCGAGCGCUCUUCUGCAGAAAGAAAUAGCACGAAUGAAGAGUGAAAAUGCAAUGCUGCGAAGUCGGCUGAAGGAUGUUGAAAGUCAGGUUUCUCAGAUACUGAACCAGAAGUCCGAGCUGGCUGAGAGGUUUAACCAGAAGAAGUGUGAGCUCCUGGAAAGCUUGAGGAACAAGGAAAGAAAAAUGGACGAAUCAACAGAGUUUAUUGAAGACCAAAUGACCAAAGUCAAACUCGAAAUGGAGGAGAGCCUAAACAAAAGCCGGUUGUCGCAGCAAAAAUUGGAAUCUGAUUUGGUAGUGACAAAGCAGAAGCUUCUUGAAGUGCAAGCACAGCUGGACUUGGCCGAAAAAUUGUCUCUCCCAGGAGCUGGAAAAAAAGUUCAGCCAAACCGCAGCUUACACAAACAUGAAGAAGAUGCUGGCCACUAAGAACGAUCAGAUCAAGGAGCUGCGCACUGUGCUGGCUACGUGAGUCGUUGCUUCAAGCGCACGGAAAGCCUCGGGCAUCUCCGCACACUUGCACUGAGGGCUUGUGCACACUGUUGCCUGCAAGCCUGCAUCUUUGUUUGCUCUUUUGUUGUUUCUUUUUUUUUAUUUCUUUAUGUGCAUCCAUCGCAGUGCACGAAAGCGUCGCUGAAGCAUGGGCUUCUCACCUACCACAUUGUAUACCUCAAUCAUACUCUUGUAAAUUUAGUGUCACUUUGAGCGAGCUCACUUUGCUUCAAUGAAUGUGAUUUUGACAACUUGGUGCCAUGCGGCAAAAUGAAAAGCCAUUCAGAUUUGAUGGCAGUGACAAUGGGAGGCUGAAACAAGCACUUCAAGUGGCUAUUUAUAUUUGGGAUUGGCCAUUGUGUGGUGAAUGCGUAUUGUGUUGCUAGAGGCCUAGUCAGGUGACUGCUGACGUUGCCUUUCGCCUCCUGCAUCAUGACAAUCACGUGUUGUCAAACAAAUAAAUAAAUGUUACUUUCUUAAAAUUAAAUAUGUUUUAACAAACUGCAUGGGCAGCAACACCACACGCACCUGGGCAGUAUUCUAAUCCACUGUUCCACAUGCAAGGUAGGUCAUGAUACCGGCUGCUGCUGAAAUAGAGCAUCGCAAUGGAGAGAUGAUUCUCUUGUAGUGGUUUUAUACAAACAUAUUAGUAAGAAAAUUUGCACCAAAAUACAACGCUCCUAGUUUUCUUUCUUCUUUGCUGCUUUUUUUCACGCUUGCAACAGCUAUUGUCAAGGCUGCAUUCGAUGGUGCUGGACGAAGUGAAGCAGGUUCACCAAACAAUGUGACUUUGAGUGUCAUUUCACUCUGCCUUGUGACAUCCUCUAAAGGACACAAAUAUCAAGUAAUGCCUGCCCAAAGUGGCACUAAAUUUGCUCAUGUGAAAGUGUCUCACUCUGGGGCACGCUUUUGUGACACAUGCAUUCUUGUUUCCAAUAGGUUUCAGACUGGAGAGGCGUAGAGACGAGAGAGAUUGUCGAGUUUGUAAAGGUGGCAGUCUGCAGUGUAUAAAGGCAGCUGCUUAGAGCGCUGGAACCUUCUAGUCUUUAUUUAUUAUUUCUUUAUAAUACUAGAUGCUCAACUUUGUCAUUUGGUGCUUUAUGACCACUAUUGUGAUGUCAUUGUCUUUCUUUUUUUCUUGCUUGUUUAUUUGACAUUGCAUUCAAUGUUCUUUGUGUGAUGUUCAGUGCAAUAUAAUUUACUAUGCUGAGAUCUACGACAUGUUCUUUUAUCAAGUAACAUUAACGUUGAAUUUGGUGAUGUAUAAACGCUGUUACUGCACCUGAACACUAUUUUUAAGCGCAUUUUUCACACAUUCAUGGCAAUUUUUGAUGGGGUCAUUCUGUUAUCCUUUGUUUUCUCGUACAUGAGUUCAUAGUACUUUUCACAUAUGUAAAACUAGGUGAAUUUUCUAUAUUUGUACACAGGCAGAUUGGUGACUCACAAAAAAAAGGCCAUUAGAAACACUUCAAUCUGUGAUAGGUAACACAUUUACUGUGAUCACUAGCUGCUUUAACCUGUAUACACGACGCAUUUAAGGCAGCUGGAAUGUUAGCUCUCACCUGUUUGCUAAUGUUAGGAAGAAAAGAAAAGCACGGUUGUCUCUUGUAUAAAUCAAUGUUUUCACAGUAGGGAAAGGCACAUCAGGUAAAUGUGAUAUUUACGGUACGUAUGGGCAGAAUCAACAGGCCUUUCUUUUUGCUUGCAUUUGAAAGUCAAUGUUAAAUCCAGCGAUAGUGAUAGAUUAGGUCCCUCUAUAUCUCCAUUUUUCUCGAGAGCUGCUGAGAAAAUGCCACUUGAGAAAACAAAUAGUAAUACAGUUACACCUCAAUUUGACAAUGAAAUCAAGGCUAUGGCACUGAAGUGCAUCGGACUGAGGAUGUUACGGUAUUGAGCUCCCAAUAGGAUUGUCAUUCUUAUUGAAGCAAAUACAAGAUCUUGCAUUGC